AUGUCUUCGCUUUCAGAAUAUGCUUUGCACAUGACUCUGAGUGCCCGGCUCUUGGGUGAAGUUUCCAGGCCAACUGAUUCCAAAUCCAUGAAAAUAGUGAAACUAUUCAGUGAGCAGCCAUUGGCCAAGAGGAAGGAGACAUAUGACUGGUACCCAAAUCACAACACAUAUUUUGCCCUCAUGGGCAGACUGCGUUUUCUUGGCCUGUACAGAGAUAAGCAUCAGGAUUUUAAGGAUGAGCAAAAGUGUCUAAAGAAGCUUCUUGGAAAGGGGAAACCAAAUAAAGGAGAAGGGAAAAGAGCAACAAAAAAGAAGUAG